AUGACCCACGUCCCACUGGCUACAGCGGUGGACAUCCGCCAUGUCUACUCAGAAGACACGCAUACCAUUACGCUGCUCAUACUGCCAGGAGGGCCUGGGCCAAUCAACCUCACUUUGAACCUCUGUCGCCACAACACGACUUUGAAUACGGACGAACACGCCGUGACCUCUCUCAUACCCAGCCAGAGCCGAAUUCGACGCAAUCGGGCUUUCUCAGACACUGCCACCGUUCCCGAUUCCGAACCUCCAGAGUACCCGCUCUCGGAGACGCAGGCUCUCGUCACAGUCCCCAUCAUGGCUGAUUCUGAUGCACUGGCACCCCUACCCACGCCUUGCGCAAUGCGAACCUUCUCAAAUGCAACAACCGAACCGGAUUCCGAGCGAGCUCGGGAACCCAUCACAUUCCGGGGUCACCGAGUCACUGGCACGCGGACGCUCUCUCCGGUGGCGAUAACGGGGCCCGAAUCAGAACCUGCAGCGUCCCCAGCUUCGAAAAUAUCAGACCAGCUUGCUCCGUCUGGCUCGCUCGGGCUCGGGAUCAAUCCACCGCGCGCGUCGUCGUCCGACGCCUCCGAGUCCUCCGUUCCCAAUCGCACGGACUGGCCGCUUGACUCGCAAGGCCUCCCGACUACCCAGGCGAUGUACGAAAUGUUCGGGGUGCCAUGGCCCCCUCCGAUGGAGGACGGUGGGAUGAGCGACGGUUGGGAUGAUGGGUAG